AUGGCGACAGUUAACGGCGUCACAACCAUCAUCCCUCCACCGGAUGGCUACGAGGUCGACUUCGCGAACCCACAGCGGAGGCUGGUGACGGAGACGUACGUGGUUUUCAUCGUCGAGAACAUCCUGGCACUCGCGUUUCUUGGACAGCGACUCUACACCAAGAUUCGGCUUAUGAAGCAGUUCCAAAUUGACGAUGGUAUGGUAUCCGAUGACAGUGGCAGAGAAUAUCUUCUGACAGAGGUUAGCGUUGCUCCUCCUUGGUUGGGCUUGUUCAGUGGGUACUCAAGGUCUCUUGAUAACUGGAUUUUCGACCGCGUCGUCGAAUCGAAUUUGUUCGUCAUAUGCUGCUGCUUGCCGACCCUGCGACGUUUCCUAAAACACGCGGCCCCGCGAUUAGUCGGCGAGAGUCGCGGAUCUGAGAACAAAGAUUCCUCAGGUCGCAAUCGCGGGUUGCGCACCUGGGGGAGUGAUGGAAACAGCAAGCGCAAGUAUGAUACGUUGAUGCGCACUGUAGACGGCGCGCAAGGAGACGGCGACGAUGAGAUUCCUCUUGCUAGCGUGGCACCUAAAGCCUCGGGUGGACGAGAGGCCAAGGUGCCGACCGGGAACGUCUCCUACAAGGGGGACAACGAUAGCGAGGAAGCUAUCCUGUACGAGCGGACCGUCCAGGUCACGUAUGAAGGGGGUAACGGAGGCGACCCUGCGAAUCCGUACUCACGUCAGGUCUGGCCAGACGGGCAUCUGGCACCCAGUGCCCUGUAA